GAAAUAUCACAUAAAUUUAUUUCAGACUGCUACAAAUGAAAAGAGAAACUAGCAAUGAAAAAUAAUAAAAUAUACUUUGGAUACUUAUAAGGAAUAUUUUGAGGGAGAUUUAAAUAAUUUAAAAAAGGAAUUUAUGGAGUAUAGGAGUAGUCAAAUUGAAAUCUCUAAUGGUAAUCUUGUUGAAAUAGACAAUAAGGAUUUACUAGAUUAUGUUAUUCAUCAUGCUAUCAUAAGACUAAUGAAAAAGAAAGACUUGUUUGGAAAGAUAAUACAAUAUUUUUUAAGAUGGCUGAUAUCUUUUAAAGAUCACAUAGGUGACAGGAGAUCAAUUAUGAUUUUAAUUGACUGGGUAUAGUAAAUAAAGCGACAUUUAUUUAGAUUAAGGAAAAUAGUCACAUUUAUUGAAUCCUUCAAGAUUUGAUUGUCUCAAUGUAAAGGAAUCUAAUUAAAAU